AUGAGCUCAGACUUCCAGCACUACAGUUUCAGGAUGCCGAACAUCGGGUUCCAGAACCUUCCUCUCAACAUAUACAUCGUGGUUUUCGGCACGGCCAUCUUCGUCUUCAUCCUCAGUUUGCUCUUCUGUUGCUACUUGAUCAGGCUCAGACACCAAGCACACAAAGAGCUUUACGCCUACAAACAGGUUAUACUCAAGGAAAAGGUGAAGGAGCUGAACCUACACGAGAUCUGCGCCGUUUGCUUGGAGGAGUUCAAGCCCAAGGACGAGCUGGGGAUCUGUCCCUGUAAACAUGCCUUCCACAGAAAGUGA